AUGUUCCGGGCCCAAUCGGAGAACGAUUCCAUCAAUCCCCCUGAAAGCAAACUUGAGUCUUUGCCACCACCACUUGAACGAGCGGCUUUUCAACUUGGUUUAACAGAUGGUGAGUCCAUUGAUCGAAUUGAGCAAUUGCUCUAUGAGUGGUGCCUUUUAAAUUUACAAAAACGAGGAUUGAAACAAAUCCUGGCUAAGCCACCCGUCGAGCUACCAUUGGAAAUUAUUGCUAUAGUGCUUGAUUACUUACCACAACACAGGGUGUACCCCUUUCUAUCACUUUCGAAAGGCAUUGACUAUAUCGCGAAACGAAGGUUAUUUCGGAAGGUGUACGUCUUCAUUGAAUACCCAGGACCAUUUUUACAUGACGCUAAUGAUGAUUUGCUACACUGGCUGUACCUCACCAAAUUCCAAUUCUUUAAAUUGAUGCGACUUGGAUUCAAGUGGCCCGGUGAAAUUGUUUUCAUUCAGGAGAACUCUUGGAAGACACUCGUGUUUGAAGCAAUCAAGAAACAUUUACAACCCGCUGAAGUCACCAUUGUCAAGAAAUAUAAAGAAAACGUGGUUAUACCUUCAACAAUACAAGUUCUCGAGCAAUCGCUUCGAACGUCCUUCACCACACAUCCCCACCUUGCGAAGCUUUCAUUAGUUGGAAGAAGAUUUAUGGAACCAACCCCAGUCAAGCUCAAGGUCGAUGCUCUUAGUAUAUUUGGUAUCGUUGGAGGUAUCAGAGGAUGUAUUGAUCUUUCGUCUGUGAAACAGUUGUCUCUCGUUGAUGCUUAUAACACUGACGAAGGAAAUAUUUACAGCAUAGCAAAUCAAAUGGAGCUGUUGAAGGACUUGUACGUGGCGCAAAGCAAUCUUUCCUCAGACAUAUUCAACAAGUUUUUGCCAUAUAUCAGACGAUUGGCCCUUUACGACCCAGCAUUGGUUCAAAUCAGAACAAACUUUUAUGGACUCACCGAAAAUUUUGGGCUAUCUGAGAAGUGGCUCAGAAGUACCUUCGACUGUGCCAAACACUUUCGGAUGCUGCUUCAGUAUUUCGAAUUGGCGAAUGGACCUCAAACUCAAAACUGGCCACGGCCGUUGAGAAAACUGGCUAAUGUCAACUACACGCAUCUUGAUAAGUACUUUGAAAAUGGCGAAUUUCCCAGACUCAAAGUAUGUGUUGUGGAGUCCGGGGUGUACAUCAUUGAUCGAAUCUUAGGUGAAUACAACUCCGCUGAAUUGAGCAAUCAUAAUAGGUAG